CAAGACACUACCCGAUUCUUUAUAGUUUAAUAAGUUUUAUAAGCUACCUUACCUCAGGUACCUUAUACCGGCCCGCCUUCGCUUCGCCUUCGCUUCGCCCCCCUUUUACCUUUACUUUCGCGAAUCGCCUCGCUUCGGCCCCUUUACAUUCAAAUCCACCUUACUGUCCGGAUCGCCCACCAUGCCGCCCCCUUUCCGCCCGGAGCCCCUUAUGCUCACCCCCGAGUAUCUCAUCGUUCGCUCCGCCUGGUCCGUCUACUAUGCACUCGGCAGAGUGUCACUGGACACGGUUCUGAUGUUUGUUGUCGUAACCCCGUUCAUGGGUCUUGCGUUGUGUCUCCUCCUGGAAUUCGGGCCAAAACGAUUCCAAAAGGACCCGUGGUUACUGCUAUUCCUGCCUAUUCCAACGUUCAUGUUCAUCGAAGCGGAACUCUGCAUCCAAAAUGCGACACUGUUCCUUCUCUUUUUGGCCGCCUUUUUCGGAUACGUGUGGUGGUCCGGAAAGGAAAGAACGACGCGAAAAAAGGCUCGAAGGAGGUGGUGUCGCGCUUGCCUAAACGAACUCGACAGACAGCAGGUACUGUUCGAGUGGCUACCUUAAAUAGACGUCCUGUCCAAGGUACAAAUAGCAUCUUUCGACUUCUCUCCUCUCAACUUUCCUCCUUCCUCCUUCGAACUUUCCUCCUCCCAACCCAACUUCAACAAAGAUGAGCACCACCUACGACGAGGAGUAAGACCCCCGUGUUCUG